AUGGUUAUUCCACCUCCGGUAAGGCCUCCAAGGAUUACAAAUUUUCUCAAACCCUAUGUUUUGAAGAUGCAUUUCACCAACAAAUAUGUCACUGCUCAAGUGAUCCACACUCCAACCGCCACCGUAGCUUCUUCCGCGAGCUCGCAGGAGAAAGUUUUAAGAUCAACCUUGGAAACUACUCGGGAUGUUGCUGCAGCUGCGAAGAUCGGGAAGCUACUUGCGGAGCGGCUUUCACUUAAGAACAUUCCUGCUAUUUCUGUUCACUUCAAGAGAGAACAGCGGUAUCACGGAAAGGUAAAAGCUGUUAUUGAUUCUCUAAGGGAUGCUGGUGUUAAGCUGCUUUGA